GAUAUUUUCGUAUUUUUACUUGGUAUUAAACUUCUCCUAUCUCAAUUCCAUUAUGCAUGUUAUGUCAAUUUAAAACAAAAAAUAUUAAUGCAUUGAGUGCUAGUAUUAAUUGAAUGGCUAAUGUGGAAUCAACUUGGAUUUUUAAUUCGUUUAAUGCUAGUUAUGUUUUAUAAGUUUUGUGUGAUAACAUUGCUAUUGAUAAAAUAAAUUUGAUUCUUAAUUUUUUGCAAAACUUCCUUGGUUUAUUGUGUCAAGCAUCAAAGUAUUCGUAAUUGAAAGAUCACUCUUUUUUAUACUGCAUAUUUUUGAAUAUUAGAGACAGUCGUUAAGACGUAUAAACAAAAGUUUAUUUCCUUUAGACCGAAAUAUGAAUAAGUCGUGUGCAGUAGUAAUUUUCAAUUUUAUCGACUUUGAUGCUCAUAAAGAUCUGGAACGCCGCACAAGCAGUCUCCGUGAUGUAGAACAAUUGGAGUAUUUAUUUUUUUCAUUUGAUAUGCUUGUUCAAACAGUAAAUAAUCCGAACCUUCAACAUUUUAGGAAAGAAGUUGAAAAACUAUCCAAUUUUAACUUCACGGAAUUUGAAUCUAUUUUAUUAAUUUAUAUGUCACACGGUGAACAAAAAAAUAUGUUAUGCUGUUCAGAUGGGAAAUUCAAUUUCUUUGAGGAAUCUAAAAAAAUAUUUAGAAAUCCAACCCUCGACAGAAAGCCCAAAUUUAUAGCAGUUCAAGCGUGUAAGGGCAGUUUUGAUAAGGAUUUGUUGCAUACGUACGACAACAGGGAGGGUGUAGCUGAUGAUUCUCAAGUAACAGCUGUAUUAAUGAGCUCAUUUGAAGGCUUUGUUUCAAAAUUAGGUCCGGAUGGUUCGAUGUUCAUUCAAGAAUUUACAAAGGUAUUAAGGGAGACAUACAACAAAAUACCUUUUGUGGAUAUCUUUAGGGGUUUCAUUGACCCGUUCAAUAAAUCUCAUGCUUUUAUUUUAAAAACUAAUGUAAGUCGAAAUAUAUGGCCACCCUCGAAGGUUUGGCAUUCGAAUUUUUUGGUGCUCAGAUACUUACUCCGUUUCAACAGCUUUAACAGUCAGAAAUCAUAAAGUUUAAUAGAUAAUGUGAAUCAGUAGCUACGCUCCAAGUUCGAACCAAUUUGAGUGACCACAUUUCAAACUUUACCCUUAAUUGAAAAUCGAAAAAAUAUGAAGAAUCAAGCUUUCCUUUUUACAAAUAGACCCUAAACGAUUCCAGAGAACCAAACCAGCACACAGCACAUACAACGUUGAUCCAGUACCCUAAAAGAGGGGUGUAAGCCCCCAUACUCUUAAAAAUGUUGAUCGUAGUAAUAUUUUGGUACAAAUAAUGCCAACGCUUUUAAAACAUUCAAUAGUGAAAUAUGAUUUGUAUCGAGACCCUAUAAUAUCACCUUUUAUGUUUUUUGAUUAGUUAAAUUCAAUUUUGUGAAAAAUAUAAAAUAUUUUUGCAGGCAUAGCUCAUGCAACUGUAUGAAAAAAAUAAAAUCACGGUUGUAAGGCAAUAUAUACAUAGAUAGCGGUUGAACGAACUUUAGUGAAUUUAGUUUUUUUAAUUACUUUGUGGAUUUUUUGCUUAGCAAAUGUUUAAUUUAGUAACCGAGAAACGACGAACUAAGAAAUUUAUCUCUGUUACGUGCAAAUGUAUUUUUGUUAGCCACAACUAAAUACAAAGAUUUAAUAAAAUCAUGUCAAAAUUUGAA